AUGUCCUCCGAGGCUCGCAGCGCUGGCAGAGGUACGUCUGAGACAGUCUCGGCUCGCCGGACGUUGACGAGAAGGAGGGGAAAUACUGACGCUCUGCUAGAAGUAGUGGAUGACGAUGAGAGCGACCGAGAGACGCGGAGCAACAGUGAUGGUCUCGACGGUGAAGCUGCGGCCGGCAGUGGUGCAGCCAACACGGCCCAGAUCAAAUGCUCCAUCUGCCAGAGCACCUUUCGGCGGCCAGAGCACUUGAAGCGGCAUUUCCGCAGUCACACCAAAGAGAAACCGUUUGAGUGUGGGCAGUGUGGCCGUCAUUUUUCUAGAACGGACACUCUCCAUCGCCAUGAACUGAGUCAUCAUACGCUGGGACCUGAGAGUGGGAAGGACCGUACCCAUCGGAUCACCGUCAAGACCUUUCGGGCUUGCUACAAGUGUGCUACGGCUAGAGUCCGCUGCAGCGGGGGGACGCCAUGCGUGCGCUGCGAGAACCGGUCGCUCGACUGUCAGUACCCGACCGAGAGACGAUCCAAGGUCAAAGCGAUGAAGAUGUCGCCGCAGCGGUCGCUAGGCAAAGGGAGGACGGCCUCGAUCACAGAAGACUCGAUUGCCGGGCGCCGUGACCGAGGGAGGGCAGAUCGGUCGACUCAGCGCGAGGAUCACCCGGCGGAGCCUUCCAACAACUCAGCUGGCGCAGACGGUGCAAAUAGCAACAAAAAUACCGCUGCGGUAGACAAGACAAACGAUCUCGACGCACCGUCAUCCGUGCUACUGCAGCAGGAUGACCCGUCGGUGUCUCGAUUGUCAUACCCGUCGUUCUCGGAGAUGAGCCACCAGAUGUAUCAGAGCUCCAUGCAGACGACUUUCCCCCUCAAUCCCUCGGCAGGCAUCGAUAGCCAACUGACUGAGAUGGUCGCUCCGUCGAUGGAUAUCGACAUGACAAACGGGGGAGCAGACCAGCAGCAAGAGCUUGGCUUCGACCAGGCGUUUUUCGACCAGACCAUGUCCUCCACCAUCAACUGGCUCUCUACCGAUUUCUUCUCUGCCGAGACUCCCAGCAAUACUAACGAACAAGACAUUGCCGUCGUCUCCAGGCUGCCGCAUCCAUCCCAACCGACUGCCUUCACCGACAGCUCGCUCGUCCGCCCGAUAUGGCCCACGAUGAUCACGGGCAAGAAUAUCAGCCCUUCGCUACCGGAAAACGUGUCGCAGACCCCCUCGGGGAACAUGUCGCUGGGCACUGAUACGGAAAGCCCCGGUCAAGUGUCGCAUACCAUGGCUGAAGGGCUUGUCCACAGUGGAGGAGGGUCUCGCGACGCGUCUUCGAGCCGCCCGGGGGAUUUCUACGUCGACGGCACGGGAGCUCGUCUGCCCAAGUACCGCCGCAAGCAGGGGUCUUGGUCCAGAUCCUCCGGAGAGCCCCUGGACGCUCUAUCCCAGCUACAACGGAGUGACUUUGCUCCAGUCUUCUCCUUCCCUCCGAUCCAGGACAUCAAUAUCGACAGCAGCAGUAUGCUGUCGGAUGACACGGAGAGCCGCUUUGAUCGGAAGAUUGAAUUUCUCACCUAUGAGAAGAUAUACCAGCACUUCCUGCAGCUGUGCCGCAUCGAGAACUCCAUAUUCCAACCAUUCGAAUCGGAUUAUUUUCCGUCUGCCGAAGUUCUGAGUCGCUUCGUCCAUGUCUACUUUGAUUCCUUCCAGCCCGUCUACCCCAUUUUCCAUCUUCCCACCUUCAAUCCCAACCGAUGCCACUGGCUGGUCACUCUGGCAGUAGUUGCCAUUGGCUGUCAUGUGGCUGACAUCCCCGAGACCGAGGAAUGCACCAUGGCGUUCCACGAAUUUUUAAGACGAGCAAUCCAGAUGGAGGCUCUACUCCUUAACGGCGUAGGGCUGUUUCACUCCGGCAGAGAUCGUGACAAUGUCUCCGCCUUGAGCUGCCUGGGCGACCUGGUGAAUUUUGUUCGUAUCGAGGGGCUGCUGCAGCCAUCGUCCUCGUCCUCAUCACUAUUAUCAUCGUCAUCCAGAUCCCGAUCCUUGCCAAAUGAACAAACCCAGGAACGAAGAUGGUCGAAGUGGAUCGACGAUGAAGUUCGAAGGCGGACCGGCUACUGCGCAUGGCUCUUGGACUGCACGAUUGCAUACCACUCAGAUAACAAAACUCUGUUCUCGCUUGACGAGGGACAGGCUGCGUUGCCGUGUCAUGAAAGCUUGUGGCAAGCAUCAUCCGCAGAGGCGUGGAGGAAGCUUUUGGAACCGUCGUCUGGGCAAGACCAGGUUUCGCUGUACUCUGCGGUCCAUGUGCUAUACAUCGAGAAGAAGCUUGUAUCCGGGAUCGGAGAGCUCGGCCAUGUUCUCCUUAUCCAUUCGCUCUACCAACGCAUGUGGGAGGUGGGCGAUUAUUUCCGUCGUCCCCUAUCCUUCUGGAAUCCCACCGCCAAGAAACAGUCGCGCGAGUCUGCGAUUCCUUCGGGAUCUGUCUGGCUGCCGGGGAUUCCUUCUUACUCGAAAUGGCGCAAUAGCGCCUGCGAUUCCCUGGACAUCCUUCACUGGGCGGCCAACAGCACCAUCGCGCGGGCCGCCGGCCUAGAGCAUCCGACGGUGCUCUAUCUACACGCAGCCCGGAUCAUCCUCCUGGCUCCGUUCCGGGAGAUCCGAUCCCUCGCGACUUCUCUAGCGAUGGAGCGGCUGCGCUGGAGCGACCACCAGCAGGCCAUGGAGUGGCACUACGUCUGUCGCUGGAUCAAGCACGACCAGUACAAGGCCCGGCUUUCUAUCAUCCACGCCGGCACGGUUCUCUGGCAUGUGCGGCGAUACUCGACCAACUCGUUCCACGAACCAACCGCCACCUUCCUGGCGGUGCUCACCCUCUGGGCGUACGGGUCCUGCCACGGCCAGAACGCCGCUAACGCCGCCGCCGCCGCCGCCGCCUCUUCUUCCUCGUUCUCCCAGGAGGCCAACACUGUCCACACGGGGUCUGAGCCUUCAGACGCUGCGUCGCACGACCCGACCUUCAUCCACCUCGACCGCCCUUGCGACGACGAACUCGUGCAGCUCUUCGUCCGUGACGGCCGCACAAUGCGCGGCAACGUCACUGGCGUGGGUGACAUCUGCGCCCCGCAUGGCCCGGAAAGGAUCCUCCGCGUUGGCUGUGAGACUCUCGCCAGUUUGACCUCCUGGGGCGUCUCGAAGCGCUUCAUCGCCAUCCUCACGAAACUCGCCGAUCUCGUCUCGCAGCACCCCCAGCUGCCGGACAGGAAUCAAAUGACUAGCGCCUGUUAG